AUGCCACACUCCACCGAAACAGAAACAACCCAACAGUCAAGUUACGCUGAGAUGACCUUGAAAGAAUCCCUCAUGACACGACACUCAAGCCGAGCCUUCCUUCCCACUCCAGUUCCAAAAUCCAUCAUAAACUCCACUCUAGACCUAGCUCGCUUCGCCCCCUCAAAUUCAAACAUCCAACCCCAACGCCUUUUCCUCUUAACAGGCGAGCCCCUCGAAAAUCUCAAAUCUAAACUAUUUUCCAUAGCAUCAGAAUCCACUCCCAACAUUCCUCCCCUCCCUAAGGAAUACACACACUACCGCUCUGAAGUUGGUCGACAACUCUACGGCGAAGCGAUGGGUAUUCCACGAUCCGAUUCCAAAGCUCGCAACGCAGCCGUCCUUCGUAACUAUCAGUUUUUCAACGCACCAGUUGGGGCAUUAGUGUGUAUUGAUAAAAGUCUGACGAGCGCGGAUAGACUGAGUGUGGGGAUGUGGUUACAGAGCUGGUUACUGGCGCUCACGGAGAGAGGAGUAGGUUCAUGCGUGCAAGUUUGUCAGACGGGUUAUCCUGCGUUACUGCGGACCGAAUGUGGGAUUAGUGAUGAUUUAGAGAUUUUGGUGGCGGUGUCGAUUGGGUAUGAAGAUUCGGAGUUUAAGGCUAAUGGGUUGAGGAUUGGGAGAGAGGAUGUGGAGAAGUUUGUUCAUUUUUUGGAGUAG